CUCUCUCGAAAAUUCUCUCAGAAAAGUAGAGAAAACAGGAGAAAUCAAACUCCACUGAGAGAAAGCCAAAUCACAACUCUCUUCUGAUUCUCUCUCAUCAACCGAAUCCGAUCUCUCCCCAGUCCAUCAAAGAUGGUGUCGGACGCGAGCAAGAAGAAGGCGGCGCAGAAGAAGGCAGCGGCGGCGGCCAAGAGAGGAGGGAAGGCGGCUGCAGCGGCGGCAUCGUCGAAGGCGGCUGAUUCGCAAGCCGUUGAUAGCUUGGCGAACGGAGUGGACAAGCUUCAGAUUUCGGAUCGGACUUGUACUGGCGUGCUCUGUUCGCAUCCUCUCUCUAGGGAUAUUCGUAUAGAGUCUCUAUCGCUGACUUUUCAUGGACAUGAUCUGAUCGUUGAUUCUGAACUGGAACUCAAUUAUGGCAGACGCUAUGGUUUGCUUGGAUUGAACGGGUGUGGAAAAUCUACCCUUCUUACUGCAAUUGGUUGUCGCGAGCUUCCUAUUCCUGAACACAUGGAUACUUAUCACCUCUCUAAGGAGAUUGAGGCUUCCGACAUGUCUUCACUUGAGGCUGUCAUAAGCUGCGAUGAGGAGAGGCUGAGGUUGGAGAAAGAAGCUGAAGCAUUGGCAGGACAGGAGGAUGGUGGUGGAGAAACUCUUGAACGCAUUUAUGAGCGUUUGGAAGCCCUUGACGCGUCAACUGCAGAGAAGCGUGCUGCUGAGAUCUUGUAUGGUCUUGGGUUUAACAAGAAGAUGCAAGAGAAGAAAACACGCGACUUUUCUGGUGGCUGGAGAAUGAGAAUUGCUUUAGCACGGGCUCUGUUUAUUAACCCAACCAUCCUGUUGCUCGAUGAACCUACCAAUCAUCUUGAUUUGGAAGCUUGUGUGUGGUUGGAGGAAACUUUAAAGAAAUUUGAGCGCAUUUUGGUCGUGGUUUCCCACUCCCAGGACUUCUUGAAUGGUGUUUGUACUAACAUCAUCCACAUGCAAAGCAAGAAACUGAAGCUUUACACAGGGAACUAUGACCAAUACGUUCAAACCCGAUCUGAGUUGGAAGAAAACCAAAUGAAACAAUACAGAUGGGAACAAGAGCAAAUCGCUUCGAUGAAAGAGUACAUCGCCCGGUUCGGACAUGGAUCUGCCAAACUAGCCCGUCAGGCCCAGAGUAAGGAAAAAACCCUGGCAAAAAUGGAGCGUGGCGGGCUCACAGAGAAGGUGGCGAGAGAUAAGAUUUUGGUCUUCCGAUUUACCGACGUGGGAAAGCUUCCCCCUCCUGUGCUUCAAUUCGUGGAGGUAACAUUUGGUUAUACACCCGAUAACCUCCUCUACAAGAAUCUCGAUUUCGGGGUGGAUUUGGACUCCAGAGUGGCUCUUGUAGGGCCCAAUGGAGCUGGGAAGAGCACAUUGCUGAAGCUGAUGACGGGGGAUUUGGUCCCACUUGAUGGCAUGGUCCGGCGGCACAACCACCUGAGGAUUGCACAGUUCCAUCAGCAUUUAGCUGAGAAACUUGAUCUCGAAUUGUCUGCUCUCCAGUUUAUGAUGAAAGAGUAUCCUGGAAACGAGGAAGAGAAGAUGAGGGCAGCGAUUGGGAAGUUUGGGCUCACAGGUAAAGCCCAGGUGAUGCCCAUGAAGAAUUUGUCUGACGGGCAGAGGAGCAGGGUGAUUUUCGCGUGGUUGGCAUGGAGACAGCCCCACAUGCUUUUGUUGGAUGAACCUACAAACCAUUUGGAUAUCGAGACGAUAGACUCGCUGGCCGAGGCUUUGAACGAAUGGGAUGGGGGAAUGGUUCUUGUUAGUCACGAUUUCAGGCUCAUUAACCAGGUGGCGCAGGAGAUUUGGGUGUGUGAGAAUCAAACAGUGACCCGAUGGGAGGGUGAUAUUAUGGACUUUAAGGAACACCUGAGAAGUAGGGCUGGUCUUUCUGAUUGAAGCAAGAUUUGAUGAUUCGUCGUCAUAUAUAUUUGCUAGUUAUGUGUACCUCGGAUGAUGAUCCUUCAGCGUGUUCCAAUGGAGAUUAUGACAAAAAGCCGAGGAGAGGGGAGGCGACGAGGUUCUGGAGGCUGGGUUAAUGCUUCGAGCUCGUCGGCCCGCUACUCCUCUUGAUUAUUGGGAAAUUUCCUGCUUAGGUGUUUAUGCAUGUAUUCUUGGCCCGGACCGAGGGGUGUAUUUAAGGGUAUUUACUAGUUAAUUGGAACCCAUGUACAAAACCUCUACGUUUGUCAUCCGUGCAACUUGAAUCUAGUAUGGUAAUCUGGAAUUAAUAGGGAACCUAUAUUUAUUGAAUAAACAAUACAAUUUCGAUUGUAUUUUAAAAAA